CAAAUAUUUCGUGUCUUGUAUAUGUUAUAUAGGGUGUAAUUGAAAAUCACUUAGAGGUGCGCAACACACAGGGGGUGUCGAGUCUAGCUACGCACCUGUACGACACAGUUGUAAAUAAUUGUGAGAGCUUUAAAAAUAAAGAAUAAUUUAACUCGUUAGUCCUUACCAGACCUAGUUGAUUAUUUGUUUUUAAUCAAUAAGAAUGCAUAGGAUGUGUUUUCCGUCCUCUUAGAGCUCUAAUACAUUUUAUACAUGUGUAUUUAUCUUACUAAGUAAUCUGUUAAUGGUCACAAAAGGUUUAUUUAAAUACCCGUACAUGUAUUAGUUCAUCGUACUUUUAUUUUCGGUUUAUAUCCUUCGUUCGCCUCAUGAUACGUUACAAAAUAAGUCAUUGCAUAGAUUCUACUGGGAAACCAAACCUUUGAAAAAGAAACUAAAAUUUUUAUUUGUAAAAUUAAACAUAAAAUUCUUUUAUUUUGUACACGUCAACUUCGUUUAUUCGGCCGUGUCAAAUCGUUUUUCUUUAUGUCUGUAUUGGAUAAUUGAACACUGAAAACGAAAGUAAGAGAAAACUAGUUUUGUCAAAAACUCUCAGUGGAGUCCCUUUAAAAUUAGGUCCCCGGUAACAGCUACAUAGGUUUUCUAUUACAGAUGGCAGAAUGAGUGAAAACGAAAAAGAUGUAUUGAGAGAGACCCCGUGGAGGACGACUGUCAACUGGAACAACCCUUUUGAGACUUCAGUGGAAUCUCAAUAUAGUUUAGAAGAACUUAAAGAUGACUGCGAGAAUUACGAACCGUUGGGUGAACUUUUGCCAGGCGAUGUCCAUUUCCCCAAGGUCAAUAUUCUUCUAUUAGGCAGGGUUGGAAGCGGAAAAUCCAGCGUUUUCAACACGAUUAACUCAUGUUUUCGUGGAAAAAUCUUCAAUGUGGCAAGGAGUGGAAGCACUAAACAUAGUCUUACAACAAAGUUCACAAAGUAUCCAAUACUGUCCGGAAGAAGUACAUUGCGACUGCCAAUGAAGUUUCGAAUCUGUGACAUGCGAGGUCUUGAAGACGAUCAUCUGAUGAGCAAGGAAAAUAUGCGUUUUAUAUUAGAGGGGAAUAUUCCUGACCGAUAUCCGCUCGAUCCUUGCGGACACAUUUCGUCUGAUAUGCCUGGAUUCAAGAAAAAUCCUGGCCUUGACGAUAAGAUCCACUGUGUUGCUAUAGUCCAAGAUGCAACUAUUGUUGAUGCCAUGGCAGAUUUGAACCCAGAGGUCACCAAAAAUAAAAAGGAAAUGCAAACCGUUAUGAAUAGUUUAGAUAUCCCGCAAGUUGUUAUUUUAACUAAAAUUGACAGUAUUUCUGAUGUGACUGAAGACGACCCGGCAAAUGCCUUCAGGAGUCAGAAAGUGGAAAGAUGUGUUGGCAAGGUAUCAGAGAUACUUGGGAUAAAUAGAAAUAUGGUUUUUCCGAUGAUGAACUACGAGGCCGAGGACCAACUGAAUCCUAGCAUUGACAUCAUGUCCCUUCUCACCCUUAAGGGCUUAUUGAACACUUGUGACGCCCACCUGUUUCAUCACUAUGACGAAAUUGUUGAGAGGUACACCGUUACCCAGAGUUAAAGCCAGUGUCUGAUCACUCAUUAGAUGUGAAUUACUAGUACGUCUUGUAUAACGUCAUAUAGUGCAAACAAACAAAAACCUGUUUUUCAUCCAUGGUUUGUCAAAUGAAGGAAUGAGAUAGCUGUAGACCCGCACUACCUUUUGUAUAAAGUGGGAAAUAUUUAACUACUUUUUGUAGCAUGUGCUUUUGUUUGUAUUUUGUUUAGUUUUUUUCCAUGUUUAUUUACUUUAUACAGUUACAGGAAUUGUUUUAAUUAUUAUAUGCUUAGAUGAGAAGUCUGAAAGGUAUACUCAUUACGUUAAGCUGACAAGGCUGUUAAUAAAAUGAGCCGUGUCACGACAAAACCAAAAUAGUGGGUUUGCGACCAGCAUGGAUCCAGACCAGCCUGCGCAUCCUGGCAGUUUGAUCAGGAUCCAUGCUGUUCGCUUACAAACCCUAUAACAAGUAGAGAAACUGAUAGCGAACAGCAUAGAUCCUGAUCAGACUGCGCGCAUGCGCAGGCUGGUCUGGAUCAAUGCUGGUCGCAAACCCAUUAUGUUAGUUUUGUCGUGACGCGGCUCAUUUAAUAUAAUUUCGCUUCAAAGGGAAAUAUAAGCUACCUUUAUGUACUUUUCAAUUAGAACUAUUACUACUAGGAUAAAAAUGGAUACUUUAACUUGGGCAUGUAAAUUUAUUUUAUUAUAAGUAAACUUACUUUUAUGAAGUUUGAUUUUCUUCACCAUUUAUGAAAUCCUUUGAUUUUUUAAAAAUAAAUAGAGAUAAAAAGUUUACUUCCUACAUUUUAUAUUUCUAAAUUAUGUAAAAUUAAGGCAUUUAAUGCUGUAAUAGACAAGUACUCGUAUAUGCAAGUAUACGGAUGCGCAGGCUGGUCUGGAUCCAUGCUGGUCGCAAACGCACUAUGUUGGUUUUGUCGUGACGCGGCUCAUAUAUUUUAAAAAGCUGACACCCUUAUUUGUUACUGAUAAGUUUGAUACGUUUAUUAUUAAAACUGUCUUAAACAAAUAAAUUUUUAUAUUAUGUUGUUUUUAUAAUAAAAUGACUUGAAACUUGAA